AAUAUAACGUAAAAGAAGACACGUGCCACUGUAAACUUCCGGGUUUGCUCAUACUUUCUUUAGCUGUCAAACAAUGUAAAUUUUUUCCAAUUUAUUUACGCUUUAAGUUCACAACUUUACUAAAACGUUAAUCGGAAUGUAAACAAAACCCGUGAAGACUGAUUGCUGCUCGUUUAGGGGUAUAGUUAAUGUAUUUUUUACUGCAUUCUUAGUUUGAAUCUGGCUUUAACACUGGAUCUGGCUGGACUGGACUGACUGGAGAGGAGAUGGAGAGACUGAUCGCAAAACUGAACGAGAAACGUGUUCUUUUCCCGGUGUCCUUCGUUGUGAGGCUGGUCCUGGUGCUUUAUGGAGACUACCAGGACAAAACAAUGGUGGUCAAAUACACUGACAUAGACUACCAUGUGUUUACAGAUGCUGCUAGGUUUAUUACUCAGGGCCAGUCUCCCUACAACAGAUCCACGUACCGUUACACUCCUGUCCUCGCCUGGAUGCUCACUCCGAACAUUUACCUUUUCAUGGCUUUUGGUAAAAUCCUCUUCAUUUUGUGUGACGUGGUAUCAGGACUUCUCAUUUACAAAAUACUCCGACUGAGGGGCGGGAGCUCUGAGACUUCUCUUGCUGUUAGUUCCCUGUGGCUGUUGAACCCUUUGCCGAUGGGAGUGUCCAGCCGGGGGAAUGCAGAGUCGAUACUGGCAGCUCUUGUCUUGGGAACAUUACUCUGCAUGGAAGCUCGACAUCUGACGUGUGCUGCCCUUCUCUUUGGCCUGUCUGUUCAUAUGAAGAUCUAUCCAGUGACAUACGCCCUGCCCAUCGUUUUAACUCUACGAACGAGGGAGACGACAGCAAAAAAGCACAAAACUACAUCAAAAUGGAGGAGUUUAACAGGAUUCAUCACCUCGUUCGUCAAUAAGCAACUGUUCUUGUUUGCCAUUGUUUCAGGAGGAGUUUUCUGCAUUCUCACUGCACUCUUCUAUCACAUGUAUGGUUGGGAGUUUCUCCAUGAGACUUACCUUUAUCAUUUAACGAGACGUGACAUCAGACACAACUUCUCCCCAUACUUCUACAUGAUUUAUCUCACUGCAGACACUAGGUGGAGCCAGUGGCUUGGUCUGGCAGCGUUCCUCCCUCAGCUCCUGCUCCUGUUGAUCAUGUCCUGGGUGUUUCAUUCAGAUUUGGCAUUCUGCUGUUUCCUGAACACUGCUGUUUUUGUGUCAUUCAACAAAGUCUGCACCUCUCAGUACUUCCUGUGGUACUUGUGUUUACUUCCUCUGGUCAUUCCUCGUCUCAGCCUCUCAGUGAAACAAGGCUUAGGGCUGCUGCUGCUCUGGUUUACAGGACAGGGCGUUUGGUUGGCCCCGGCCUACUUCCUGGAGUUCAAAGGUCACAACACAUUUCUGUGGAUCUGGCUGGCUGGGCUGCUCUUCUUAGUCAUCAACUGCCUCAUUCUCGUACAGAUCAUUUCCCAUUACAAACCACAGCCUCCACGGACCCUGAAAACAGACUGACCCUCUCACGCCAUUUCACCACGCCUGACCAAAACUCUGAGCAUGUUUCUUAUCUUACACUGGACUUUUGUAAUUAUCUUUUCAAAUAAAUGUCUUUUUAAGAGUCUGAAAUAUAUUUGUGAAUGCCAGCGUUCCCCAGACACUGCACUGUGGCUGCCUUAAUGUUCCUAUAUCAUGCAAAUUUGUGAUGUUUAAACCAUGUUAUAAUGUUGUUACUGCAACAUAAACAUACCUUUGUGUUUUGUUUCAUUCA